UAAUCGUCGUCUAUAGAGACUGCCUGCGAGCCUGCGCCUCCCUCCGCUUAAACCCUUCUCCGUAUCAGGAACCCUAGGGUUUUAGUACGCCUAUCAGGAACCCUAAAACCCCCUCUCAUCUCUACCAGUUGACGGAUCGCCCCUUCUUCGUUGCAGCAAGCAGUGGCCCAAUGGCUCUCGCCCGAUUCAGUUUGAUCCGGCGCUUCAAUGGGGCGUCGCAACGCCUGCUGCUUCCCUCCAUUUCUCGGUGCUCUCCGAGUUACAUGAAUUCGGGCACGGAAGAAUUUGGUCGUCGAAGCAUCAUGACUAGCUCUUGCGACAUUAGCGGCAUUCUUGGUUGGAAUUCUAGAGAUUCCAUAAUGCUAUGUUCUAUGAAGGUCUCUGACUUAACAGUCUAUUCGAAUGGGACUAGGCCGAUGUCGACUAUGAAAGCUCCAGCUGGAGCACGACAGGUGGCUUUGAAAGUGACCAUGCUGAGCCCAGGAUUCGUCUAUGAGCCAUAUAAGCUUCGUGAACCUAUUCCAUUUUGGAAAAGAUGGUUCACACCAAGUGGUUGGAGAAGAACUAAGGAGGAUAUCAUUCUUGAGAUGAAGAAUGCAUAUGCUAUUUCCAGACUAAGGAAAGUAACUGGAUAUUCAAAAAAACUUUUCUAUCAACAUGCUAUAAGGUUGUACAAGGAGAUUAAUACUCUAAUAUCAGAUGGAGAUACCUCAUCUCUAAGAAAGGUUGUUACAGAGAAAAUGUAUUCUACACUCAAGAAUGAACUAAAGCGGAGAGAAUCUAUAUGGAGUUUUGUAUACUGGGAAUUAGUUGAACCUGUGGUCAGUAUUCGGACAUUGCGGGCUCGAAUGAUUGCUUUAGACAAAAAUGAUCUUGAUAAAGCUUUCAUACAGCUUACAAUUGAAUUUGUUACUAAGCAGAAAUUUGAAGCCUAUGAUUCAAAGGGUGCUGUUGUGUCUGGAGAUAAGACAAAAGAGGUACUUGUAAAAGAUAUCUGGGUUUUUGAGAGAUCACUCUUUCACCCUGGGGCAGACUGGCGUCUUUGUGCCCGGCUUUCAGUAUAGGCUGUCUGAAGGACUUUCGGAAGAUACUUGUCCUAAGCCGUGGUCUUAGUGUCAUGAAAAAGUUGCUCCUAUACAUGCAUGCUGGAGGGGAGUAACUUUUGUUCUCUCACCUUUUUUUUCCUUCGAAUUCAUCUUUCGUUUCCAACAGGGCAGAAAUUAUGGCAGGCUUUUGAGUCUUUUUUGGAGACCAGCUCUUAUUUAAUGCGCAUACUACCCCCCUGUCCCAUGUUCAUGGACUUGGAGGAUCAGGAUUUAUCUUGUAAAGUUGUUUGAGCACAUAAUUUUCUUAGUGCUUCAAUCAAUACAGAUGAGAGUAUUGUCAUUUUGGCUUGAACCAUCAGAGGUCUCUGUUGGCACAUAAUUUUCUUAAUGCUUCAAUCAAUACAGAUGAGAGUAUUGUCAUUUUGUCUUGAACCAUCAGAGGUCUCUGUUGGUUGUUCAGAAUACACAUGAACGGUGAAUGACUGAAGUUAUUGGUCUGAAAUCAGCAUUUCAGGAUGCCUUUGCUGAUUUUUUCUUAUAUAUUUACCUAUGCUUUGUCUAGCAAUCAAGAGAUGCAUCUGAUAUUAUGUUGGUUCAAGGAUACAGUGUUUAAGUUUUUUGUUAUUUCCUGAGAGGGUGAUCCACUGGAUAAUACAACAACGAAAGAUGAAGUCAUUGGCAAUGCACCACCACAGGCUUGAAUCCAGAACCUCUGCUUGUUAAGCAAAGGUGUGAGACCACUGGGCAAUACCUUGUGCGUUGUGUUUGUCUGUAAUAAAGCACAAGAGAUUCUCCAUUUCUCCCUAUCAAAACAAGCUUGAUCCAGGCAAAACCUUGAAGAGCAAACCCUUCUCUAGCAAACCAUACUGGUUCAGUGAUUUGGGACAGCGUCAUCGCCUCACCCGAUGCAUGAUAUUGUACUUUGUGAUGCUAGUGGUUGUAUAUGUGUAAGGGAGAAAGAAACCCUGCACAAAAUCUUGCAAAGUGAAGUAACUUUCUGCUGUACGUUCUUCCAAGUCUUGGAUAUGAAUGACCUAAUGAAUAAAUUAUAAACUUUCCCAU